AUGGAAACAAAACGAAAUAUUGUUGCCUUGCUGGUUUUUAAAUUUUCUUUUUCUAUAAAUCUAUGCCAAUCACGGAGUUCCCUAUGGUUUGCAUUAAAAAAAAUUGUUUUUCUUUUGAAUUUAGGAUCGGGGACGGCGCCAGCAGAUGUCCAAGGUCUGAGCAAUACCCUGUCGAGUUUGAAUGUUGAAUUGAAAAACACUCCUGCUGAAGGAUCGGGAGAAGCUGAGGCUGUUGAGAAGAGUGAUGAGGAAGAAGAAGAUGAAGAGGAGAAAGAUGACAAUGAGGCAGAAGAGGCAGAUGUGCGAUUCGAGAAGAGAGCCACCUUGUACUACAAAGUCGACAAGGAUUGGGUUUCACUUGGCCUAGGGAACCUCCAGGUGGAGUAUGACACUACGAUUGGUGGCCUACGCAUAGUUAUGACAGACAGCUCUGAUAAGCUGUUGUGUAACCACAUCAUUACUCGUGAGGCAAAUUUCACCCAGUAAGUUGACCCUUUUCCUAUUUUUCUCCCACUGUCUUCUCUUUCCCCUUCUUUUGGUCAUGCCUCCUUCAUGAAAUCAUCAUUAUUAUUAUUAUAGUUAUUGUUAUGGUGGUGAGUCUGCAGAAUUGUUACCAAACUGGGCAAAAUGCUCACAGCAUUUUAUCAAUCUUUACAUUUUGACUUCAGAAUUCACCAAGAUCAAUUUUGCCUUUCAUCUUUUCAGGGUCGAUAAAAUAAGCACCAGUUUUACCCUGGUGGUCGAUGUAAUCAGCUAGCCCUUCCUCUCAAA